AUGUUAUGCAAGAAUGCUGUGGAAAAGGGUCUUACAGUAGCGCCUUAUAUAAAGACCUCGAUGUCUCCGGGCAGUGGUGUCGUAACCUUUUACUUGCGUGAGUCCGGAGUGACCCCAUAUCUUGAAAAAUUAGGCUUUGAUAUCGUUGGCUACGGAUGUAUGACAUGUAUCGGAAACAGUGGACCACUGCCUGAACCAGUGGUUGAAGCCAUAGAGAAAGGAGAUCUCGUUUCGGCCGGAGUUCUGUCGGGGAAUCGCAACUUUGAAGGUCGAGUCCAUCCCAACACUCGCGCCAACUAUUUGGCCUCUCCUCUAUUGGUGGUCGCGUAUGCCAUCGCCGGUACUGUUAGUAUUGACUUCGAGACGGAACCGUUAGGCAAAGACAGUUCAGGCAAUGAUUCUAUAGUUAACGCCAGAGUGCUAUUGAAUUUAGGGGAUUCGGUCACUACUGAUCACAUCUCUCCGGCCGGCUCUAUAGCCCGUAACAGUCCCGCCGCUAAAUAUCUUAUUGAAAAAGGAAUCGCUCCCUCGGCAUUCAACUCAUACGGUUCCCGCAGAGGCAAUGAUGCUGUUAUGACGAGAGGAACGUUUGCAAACAUUCGUUUGGUUAAUAAAUUCCUGUCUAAAUCGGGUCCCAAUACUAUACAUAUUCCGAGUGGGAAAGAGACAUCAUAUCCGAAAUAA